AUGGAGUGGCGCCAGUACGGUCCCGUCGACAAUCAUCCGAAACCUCACGGCUCUUUCGCAUAUAAAGAGCGAAUUUCCACCAACAUUACCACCUUAACCGCCACAAAUGCCGACUCGUCUAAUGGCCUUAUCACCGGCCUUCUCUACGUCCCCGACCUCGACAACGAUCGUGAGUGCGACCAGCAGCAAUACCAGUUUAUUCCUCGAAAUGUCACCCGCCGAGAUAAUCUCCCUCCUACCAAUUACAAUCUCAUCGCUCUUGCGCCGUGGUUUAGCAUCGACUGUACCCUAGCCUACCUUGCUUCUGCCCGUCUCGACCCCAUUCGCGCCUUCAUCUUUUACAAACCUAACAACUCGUCAAAUCAACCUCAAGAUGCAGACUCGCCUGUUUGGAAUCUGGAAGACGGUGGAGCCUGGAUGACCGUCAACAAAUACCCGAUUUACGCCAUUUCUGGUCAAGAAGGCCAGAAUAUGAUGCGGCAACUCAGUUACUAUUCAGGCAGCGUGGACGACAUACCUUAUGGCGAAAAUAUCAGCACACUCUAUGGCCCGAACCCGAAGGAUUAUGUCCGCAUCUGGACCGAACUCAGCGUUCAGGAUGAAUCUGAUAUUCCACCGCUAUGGGCGUUCUUCCUCAUAGUAAUUGGUGCCUUGCUUGCCAUAUUUGCAUUCGUCUCGAUAACCAUGCAUCUUGUUCAACGAAGACGACGUAUAUCACUUCGAAAAAGAGUUGAAUCUGGCGAAGUCGAUCUCGAAGCCAUGGGAAUAAAACGCUUGACAAUACCUGCCACUCAUAUCACCAGCUUCCCUCUAUUUACUUACAAUGCGGAUCCGGACUCGACAGCACCUCCUCCUACCCCAUCAUCUACACGACGCAUGCGAAGUAGCCGAGGACUCGAUCAGCGCAGCGUACGAUCCGGUGCCAGUGUGCGGAGCAAAAGAUCCAACAUCGGAGCCUCGGGCGAUAAUGCUGCUACUAAUUUCCAGCCUAGUUGUCACAUCUGCCUCACCAAUUUCGAGCACCGAGUCACCAUCAUUCGGGAGCUUUCUUGCGGUCAUAUAUUCCAUCCCGAAUGUAUCGACGAGUUUCUGUCAAAGAACAGUUCUCUCUGUCCUAUGUGCAAGCAUUCGAUGCUGCCCAGAGGUUACAGUCCAAGGAUCACUAACGGGAUGGUGCGUCGAGAACGAGCUUUGAGGAAAUUACGUCAAAGAGUCGAUCUCGAGGAUUUAUCUGAGGAAGGUGAUAACACGAAGAUGAAGGACUGGAGUAAACGACUUUUCCGAACUUCACCUUCACCUUCACGACCUUCCUCGUCGCCACUCGUGAACUUGAAGCUACCCAACUUCAGACGACAGCCUGCUACAAAUACAGCAACAAAUGGGGAAGAACGAGUAGAAACGCCACCAGCAUCGUCUACCCCCGCACAAUCCCAAGAACUAGAAGCAAACACUCGCCCACCAGCUCCAGCCCAGAUACCCAAGACAAGGAGGCCUAGACCUCGACUUUUGAAUAUGCUCCCAACACAGCCAGAGAAUUCCGAGUUGAACACAGAUCCAACGCCAAGACGUGGAAGUCCUUCCUCGUUUGCUCGACAACGCAUGCGUGAAAUUGCAGCCAACAACGCGCCUAUCGACGAUCCUGACUCCCAAAGGGCGAUAUGGCUACGAGCACUCUCAAAAGUUUUCCCGGGCUAUUUUUAA